GAACUAGAAAAUCUAUGUGUUUGAAAUCAGAGUUGCACUUUCUUAAGUCUUUUUUGUUGGAAGUUCUAGCUCUGUACUUGUCUUGGUAUGAUGGAAGAAGAUAAUUAUAUUGCUAACUUUGGUGUAUAUAAAGGGUGAUUCCUCAACCGUUUGGAAGGAGUAAGUGCACUCCGAGUUUUACAGAGUUCAAAAAACUACACAAUCCUGUAUCAGAGUACAACUAUCGUUUCAUAGUAGGGCCAAUCACCACACUUCCUAUUCUAUACAUUAGACAUCAAACACAAAGAUCCACUCAAUAGAACCAUUUCUUACUCAGCACUCCUCAUCAACCAAGAAAAUUUUCACUCCGCCUCAAAAAAUGGCACCCAUAGCCGGUGGAGGUGGUGGCAUCGUAGCAGGCGCCGCUCUCGUCAGUGCAGUGGCUAUCUCCUCAUCCUCCAACUCCUGGCCCAACACACCUUACUCCCACGACGCAACAAUCCCUAUAACCGCCAGCACAGUGACCAGAAUCCUUGAGCGCUGUUCUCUCACUUCUAUUGCCGAAGUUUCUGAUUCUAAUGCCGCCCAGAGGUUGCACUGCUUGGCUGCGCUCUCAGAAGCAGCUAUCAAUAAACAUUAUAAAAGACCGUUGUUUGCGAAACCUUUUACUAAUAGGGCAGUCAUGAUUAUUUUCUUGAUUGUUCUUUUUGGAGGAUGUGCGCUGAUAGUGCUUGUGUGGCUUGCGGGGGGUUGUGUCGCGCGUUUUCGUAGGGGAGGAGCUAAGAAGAGGGAAGAAGAGAUAGCGUUGGCGAGGGCGAGACUCAAUAGAACGAACACUUGGGGUAGUUAGGAGGUAUAUUCUGUGAGGGAGAAUUGUUGAUGAAAUUGAGAUUAAGUUCGAGGUUUGGAGUAAAUUUCAAGGUCUAGACUGGAUAGGAACGGCGUAUAUUACGAGUAAUCGGGCGGUCCAUAUUGAGUGACCAUUCCGAUGAAUGUUGAAUCGCUUUUGUUUAUAUAGGCAAAUAGAAUUUGGAAUAACCACAACCAAGAAAUCCGUCUUUCUUUCUACUCUAAUCGACAUAUGUACGCUCUAGAAUACUAAACUCGAAGAGUAGUAUGCUUGAUGAAUCUGUUUCCCAUCUAUAUAUAAGAUAUACUGGAAGAAGGCUAUUUCAAAAGCAGAGCAAACAGUAUCAAUACACCUUUUUGUAGAGAUGCAACGUCGCGCAAUAUUUCCACUGUUCAGUCAUACUCCAAUUAAAUAACCCCCUAUCUCACUUCCUUUGUGCCUCUUCAUUGAAAAUGACGACAAGUAGCAUAAGAUGAUGGGAAAUUAUUUUUAAGCGACUGACAACAUGCUAGUAAUUCUUGGACAGCAAAUGGGGGA